GGAAACCUCAGCUGGGCAGGUGCGGCAAGGGAGUGGCCGAAGAGGUAGCUCGCUCGGUAGCUUGGCAGGGCUGACUCGGGCGCCCGUGGCACGGCCAGCGCCGCUGCCGCCGCCGCCUCCUCCGCCUCCGCGAAGCCCUCAGCCCCCUCGUGGCCCCGGGCGACGCAGCCCGUGGCCAGCCCCAGUUGUCUAGAAGGGUACCGUACGUCGGCGGGCUGUGGUCCCCGGGCCCCCCGAGCGGGCUCCUAGCGGGGCUCAACCCCGCUAGGGCGCCUUUCAUGGCUAUGAUGCGGCCCUUCCCGGCGCUGCCGCUGCUCAUCAACCUGGGCGGCUCGCUGCUGGGCUUCGUGGCCACGCUCACGCUCAUCCCGGCCUUCCGCGGCCAUUUCAUCACGGCUCGCCUCUGCGGCCUGGACCUCAACAAGACCAGCCGCCAGCCCAUCCCCGAGUCCCAGGGUGUCAUCAGUGGUGCAGUUUUCCUCAUCAUCCUCUUCUGCUUCAUCCCCGUUCCCUUCCUAAACUGCUUUGUGGAGGACCAGUGUAAGGCCUUCCCCUACCAGGAGUUUGUGGCCCUGAUAGGUGCCUUGCUCGCUAUCUGCUGCAUGAUCUUUCUGGGCUUUGCGGAUGAUGUUCUGAACCUGCGAUGGCGCCACAAGCUGUUGCUGCCCACUGCUGCCUCUCUACCUCUCCUCAUGGUCUAUUUCACCAACUUCGGCAAUACAACAAUCGUGGUGCCAAAGCCUUUCCGUUCCAUGCUUGGCUUGCAUCUGGACCUUGGCAUCCUGUAUUAUGUCUACAUGGGACUGCUGGCUGUGUUCUGUACCAAUGCUAUCAACAUCUUAGCAGGGAUCAAUGGGCUGGAGGCUGGACAGUCUCUAGUCAUUUCUGCCUCCAUUAUCAUCUUCAAUCUGGUAGAGCUUGAAGGUGAUUACCAGGAUGACCACGUCUUUUCUCUCUACUUCAUGAUUCCAUUCUUCUUCACCACUUUGGGACUGCUGUAUCAUAACUGGUACCCUUCCCAGGUGUUUGUAGGGGAUACUUUCUGCUACUUCGCAGGCAUGACCUUCGCUGUGGUGGGCAUCCUGGGGCACUUCAGCAAGACCAUGCUCCUCUUCUUCAUGCCUCAGGUGUUCAACUUUCUCUACUCCCUUCCACAACUUCUCCAUAUCAUCCCUUGUCCACGCCACCGUGUGCCCAGGCUCAACACCAAAACAGGGAAGCUGGAGAUGAGCUAUUCCAAGUUCAAGGCCAAGAACCUUUCUCUCUUGGGCACCCUAAUUCUGAAGGGUGCAGAAGCCCUCCGACUGGUGGCUGUCCGUCGAGGUGAAAAUGAGGCUGGUGCCUACAUUGAGUGCAACAACAUGACGCUCAUUAACCUGCUUAUCAAGAUCCUGGGGCCCAUUCAUGAAAGAAAUCUCACUUUGUUGCUUCUGCUCCUGCAGAUUCUGGCUAGUGCCAUCACGUUCUCCAUUCGAUACCAGCUGGUUCGGCUCUUCUAUGAUAUUUGAGUCUUUGACCAUGACUCUUUACUCCAUAACCCUCUGUGCUCCUGUCUCAUGUGGAACCCUUGUUGGAUUAAGACUGUAUUCCCCAUAAGCCUAUUGGGCUUCUCCCUCUCCUUUACUGUCCUCCAAAUUAUCUCCUUGGGAGGUAUCCUACCCAUCCUACCCCUCAGUAAUUAUUUAUUGAUUAUAUUUGCCCUGUGAACGUCCCUAAAUUGAAAUUUUUCUCCCUUUCCUGAAGCCUCCUCUGGGGCAGGAGGUAGCUAUUUCUUGGAAGCUAGGUUGCCAUUAGGAAUCAGGCUAAGUUCCUGGUGGUUCCUAAUGGUUCCACCCUGAAGUGAUGUGUUACUGGGAAUUAAGUGUUUUGAUUAAUGAGGAGCAACCUGACUGGUCAUUUGCUCCUUUUGGUGAUAAUAAAUGUGUUUGGUUCACUUUUUUAA